AUGAAGGAUAUUUUGUCGAGUUCGAAUAGUGAUGAAGUUGAUGUAAUAAUGAGUAGAAAUUGCCGUGAUAUUGAAGAUGAUACUAUUGAGACUGAUUCUGGAGUGCAACAAGAUGAUAUGAAUGUGGAAGAUUGUGUGAAUGUGGAAGAUGGAGUGGAUGUGGGAGAUGGAAUUAAUAAUAUUUCCAGUUCAAGUAGUGGUGUUUUUGAGCCAUUCGUUGGGAAGGAGUUUGAUGAGGUAGAAGACGCCCAAGCAUUUUACAAGGCGCAGUGUAAAGAACCUGGGUUUGUGUAUUCCAUGCAAGUUGAUGAGAAUAGGUGUAUGGAAAGUUGCUUUUGGGCAGAUGCAAGAUCAAGGGCUGCGUAUCAAUAUUUUGGGGAUGUUGUCACCUUUGAUGCGACAUAUUUGACAAAUAUUUAUAAGAUGCCGUUUGUCCCAUUUUCAGGAGUUAAUCAUCAUCACCAAACAAUCAUGUUCGGUUGUGCAUUGUUAGUUAAUGAAACAGGUGAAUCAUAUAUUUGGCUACUGAGAAUAUGGCAAGAGGCAAUGCUUGGGCGUGCCCCUUCAACCAUAAUUACUGAUUAUGACAAGGCGAUGACGAAGGCCAUUGAUUUCCGUCAUUAUAUCCAUGAGACAAUAACGACUGAUGAGUUUGAGCAAGAAUGGAGCUCAAUACUAGGGAAGUAUAGUCUACUAGAUAAUGAUUGGCUGCAAAAUCUUUAUAACCGACGAGAUAAGUGGGUUCCAGCUUACUUACGAACCACGUUUUAUGCCGGUAUGUCAACAACUCAAAGGAGCGAAAGCAUGAAUAAAUUUUUUAAAGAUUAUGUUCGUUCAAGCACGAUGGUGAGUGAUUUUGUGCAUCAAUACGAGAAAAUCUUAGAUGCACGUUAUUUCAAGGAGAAAGAGAAGGACGUGCAAACAAAAUCGACACGGGCUGUUAUGAAAACUUUAUGGAAAAUUGAAUCAGAUGCAGCCUCAGUCUAUACAAGGAAGUCUUUCAUGAUCUUUCAGGAUGAGCUCUUUAAUAGCCAACGGUACAUUCCAACCAAAGUUGGAAAAGAGGGCGAAAGAAGGAUAUACGGAGUCACACCGAAUGGCAAAGAGCAACCUAUUUAUCAUGUGACCUUGGAGAGUGGAGAUGCGAAGGCAAUAUGCACAUACCAUAUGUUUGAGUUUGUGGGGAUUCUUUGUAGGCAUAUCCUAUGUGUCCUUGGGAAGAAAUCGAAAUUAGAUAUGUUGCCACAACAUUAUAUUCUAGAGAGAUGGACCAUCAAUGCUAAGAGUCGGGCCAUUCUUGACAUACCAAAUUCCGAUGGCCAUGUAAUGACACACGAUGAUCCAAUGAUAGAAAAAGCAAGUUGA